GCUGUUAUUUCCUGCUUUACAUUCUAUACUCAGAGAGUAAAAGGCAUACAUUUAAGGAGUUUAUGAUGUCUCUGUUACUUAUACUGGCUCUGCUGAUCCUCAUUACGAUACCAGGAAUCGAUGUUUUCACUUCUGUUACGGUGCAGACGGGUGGGGAUGUUUUUCUUAACAUCUCAGAAGCAGAUGUUCCCAAAGACUUUCACCUUCUUAUUUGGAAAUUCUUCACAGAUGAUGUGUUGGUGUCUUUCUGGCCAAGCGGAAAACCAAAUGUCCGCAUUGCUUAUGCUGGAAGGAUUGACAUUUUAGAAAGAAAAUACUCUAUAAAACUAAAGAAUCUCCAAAAAUCUGACGUUGGACUUUACAUGGCGAUGGUAACGGCAAACUCAGAACAAAUACUAAGUAAAUAUAAUGUCACAGUUCAAGAUCCAGUGUUUCCAGUGGAUCUGGUCAUUGACUCCGUGUCCAGCGCAUCUUCCUUAUGUAACCUAACAGUGACGUGCACCACCAAGGACUCCCGCAUCAGCACCACUGUUAGAUGUACCAACAGCACUUGCCUUCAAGAGGGAGGAGAUAAAUCAAAGGUCACCCAUUCUGGUGCUUCUCUCCACAUCUACCUGUCAAAUGUGUCAGUCAUUUGUAACCAUAGCAACCAGGUCAGCUGGUCGGAGAAAAACACAACAACUGAUCAGCUUUGUCUGCAAUGUGAUGAUGCAGAGGGACUCUCUGAACUCUCAGUCUGUCUGGUGAAGAAAGUCGUCUUCUCACUCGGUCUCAUCAUCAUGGCGUCGGCUGUCAUUGGUGUCCAUCUCAUUCAAAAGUUCAAGAGAGAAAAAUAACUGGAUCCCUGCUUGUCUUUUAAAAAGUCGGUUGUCUUUGUUUGUAUACUGACAUAUUUCUUGAUGUUGUGAUGAGGACAUUUCAGCUUGAAUUUAUGUCUGGCAUGUAAAGCAAAGGGUUAAAAAAUCUCCACAUAAGCGUGAAUGUUUAUGUUAAAUGAAAAUAUAACUGUAAAUAUAUAACUAUUUUAUGUUAUGACCCAAAUGUUUGUCAUUCUUUGCAUAUUUUUAUUAAUCAACUCUUUUUCACAUGCAACAUUGUGAGUGUAAUGGAUAAAUAGAACUGAAGCAGAA